CCUUAAUGUCAUCUAUAGCCUUCACUAUACUAUAAAGCUACCAAAACCCUAACUCCAUUUCGUUCCCUUGGAAAAAUUCUUUCUCCAGAGUCGCGGCGCCUCACCAGAUAGCUUCACCACCCGAAGACACCAAUGGGGAUUGAUCUGAUCGCAGGGGGUAAGAGCAAGCAGUCCAAAAGGACUGCGGCCAAGUCCGAUGAUAUAUACCUAAAGCUUCUCGUCAAGCUUUACCGAUUCCUUGUGAGGAGAACGGGAAGCAACUUCAAUGCAGUGAUACUGAAGCGCCUCUUCAUGAGCAAGGUCAACAAGGCCCCUAUUUCUCUUUCCAGGCUCGUCAAAUUCAUGCAGGGAAAGGAGGAUAAGAUUGCAGUCAUCGUGGGAACAGUGACCGAUGAUCUGAGAGUCUACGAGGUUCCGGCUUUGAAGGUGACAGCAUUGAGGUUCACGGAGACUGCAAGAGCUAGAAUCGAGAAGGCUGGUGGAGAGUGCUUGACUUUCGACCAGCUUGCUCUCAGGGCUCCUUUGGGCCAGAACACGGUUCUUCUCAGAGGCCCAAAGAAUGCUCGUGAAGCAGUCAAACAUUUCGGGCCUGCUCCUGGUGUUCCACACAGCCACACCAAGCCAUACGUUCGAUCCAAGGGCAGGAAGUUUGAGAGGGCUAGAGGAAGGAGGAACAGCAGGGGAUUCAGGGUUUAAGAUGAUAAUUUUAGCUAUUGUCCAUGAGGUUGAAGUACUUGUUUACUACUUUUGCAAUUAAAAUUUUGUUAGACAUCCUUAGGGAUCCCUUGCAGUCUUUUAUUCGGUUUACUGUUACAAAGACGAAUCAGUUAAAUGCCUGUUUGAACCCAAUUUGUCAAUUACCUUGCUGUUUUAAGUAUCGUUUAAGAAGUUAUCGUA